AUGGGCGGCACGAACCGCGUCGCUAUCUUCGCAUACCUGGGUCUAGGUCUCUACUACGACAAACUGGACAUCGACCCCUCCCUACCCCCUCAAAUCCCAUACCUCAACUACCGCACUUUUUACUGGCAAGGCCACGGCAUAAACGCCACCUCAAACGCCACACACACCACCCUCACUCGCCUGCCACAAGACACCUACACCCUCCCCUCGGCCAACAAAACGUACCUCACCCGCCCCAUCCCCGUCACGGUCGGGACACGCAACGGGCGCGCAAACUCUAGCUUCACCCACUUCCUCGACUUCUCAGAACCCCUCGUCGUGCCCAACCGCCGCAUCGGCGAAAAACAAACCGUAGCAGGUAACAUUUUACAAUGCGGCUCUCUCCUGUCCCCGAAUCAAGGUAAUCAGCCCGGCCAAUUCCCCAUUGCUGCAAUCGACGGCGCUGCAAGCACGAAAUGGCAGCCAGAAGAUUCAAAUAUUACAUCCUGGCUUACCGUCGACUUGUACUCGUCUUCCUCUCCCCACUCACUCUCCAAAGCCGCAGCAUCAACAUCAUCAGCGGCGGUGAAAUCCGUCCCUAUCCGCCAUAUAUUAAUGGACUGGGCCAACGCCCCUCCCGCCACUUUUGAAAUCUACUUCUCAAACACCUCGCUCCCGCCUUUUGACGGCGCCGACGACGACGACGCCAGACUAGUUGUCCGCGCAAAUGUGUCGCUGAGUGCGCCCUGGGAUCCCGUCUCUGCGUAUGAGAUUCGCCCGUAUGUGGGGAAUCAGACGAAUGUGACGCUGGAUGGGGUCGUAUGGAGUGGCCGAUUUGCGCAUUUGGGGGUUAAGGGGAAUUUGUGGGGGAGUGGGGUGCGGGAGGGGGGGACGGUGGCGGAGUGGAAUUUGGUGGUGGAGGAGGGGUGGGUUUGA